AUGGAGACGGAGCAAAAGCUAGACGCACUCCAAUCUCGGUUUCCCGAAGUUGGCAAGGAUGUGCUGCUAGAGCUGCUAAUCACUUUUGGUGGUUCUGUAGAGCAGACAAAGCUGAUGCUGGAGGAGCAAUUCGGGCCCCGGGACAUCAAGACAGCGGUCAAAAGAGAGAUCAAGGGCAAGUUUCCAGCAACAAAGCGCAAGGCAAACGUCGAAACCGCUGCCAGCGAAUCCUGCGUCGUGGCAAAGAAGAGGGCGUUCCCUCAAAAACAGACUUCCUUCAAGGUGUCGAAAGCUAGUGCUAACAUUUCCACUACUCUGUACAAUAAGGAGCAGAUUGAGUCGACGGUUCCGUAUCUGCGAUUUUAUCCCAGUUUUCUGCCAGACAGUCUUGCAGACAGUCUUUUGGAUGAGCUUCUGUCCAAAAGAGCCCAGUUUAAAGAUAAGAUGUUCCACAUUGCUGGUAACGAGUGCCAUUCCAACCACCAAUCGGCGGUGUUCUACGACGGCGACAUACCGGAACAAAAGUACGACAACGGGUUCUACAAAAACUCAAAAUCCAUGGCUCAGUCGUUCACAGGAAAUAUACGCACCGCCAAGUUCCUAAUUGAAGACCAGGCAAACGAAGUGCUUGCAACCACCAAGAAACACCCGCUUCAGGUACAGUCCGAGUGGCGCGCGUCUUUGUGCGUGGGAAACUACUUCCAUACAAACAAAAACAAUCUCGAUUGGCACUCAGACCGUCUCACCACCAUUGGACCCUUGCCGUUGAUCUGCUCGCUGACCUUAGGAGCGACCCGAAUAUUUAGAAUCAGAAAGCAGUACGGCGAGAGUCCGAUCUACAACAUUCCGCUGCCACACAACUCCUUAUUGUUAAUGCUUCCAGGCACACAGGAAGAAUUCAAACACUGUGUGCCCUCCCUGGGGAACUCUCUUGUGGCCAGGCACCCUAGGGCCAACGAGACCAGAAUCAACCUCACUCUCCGCAUGAGUCGAGCUCACCUGCAGAACAACACGCCAUCCUGCCCGAUAUGCAAGUCUGCCAUGACUUUGCGUCGCAUGUACAAGAAACCGGCGUCCAGAGGAUACUAUUUCUGGCUUUGCAAUGGAGGCUACCGUUCAGGUAAAGAAUGUCCGGGUUUCUAUUUUGCCAACCUGUCAGACAUGGAGAAGCCGCGUGCAAAGCUGUAUACUCGCGAUGUAAAACAGGCGACCCGGUGGCUGGCAGAGGACGACCACGAGGCGAGAACAGCUACAGAGUUUCACAUGGAAGAUGUUAAGGAUUAG